AUGUUCAUGAAGGCGGUGUUUUUCGCUGUGGUUGUGGCUCUUCUCGGGGCUUCAUCUGCGACAGCCGCAGGUAAGUUUGCGUCCUCUCAGUGCUGAGCUAGCGGCUAGCGACCGCCUAUUUAGCUCGGUCAAGACAUCCCCAGUUUGCUGAUUUUUAUCAGUGUGCCUCCAUUUUUUAAAGUCACUGACUUAUCUUUGUUUAGACAGCUGUCACUCAUCCUUAUUUCGCUUUAUAUUAUGCUUUAUGGUAACUUGUCAGCUUCAUAUUUACGCUGGUCAGAGGCACACAAGUUGUCAGGACUCUGCUAACUUUAGCUUUAGCUUCACAGCAAUAUGUGCUAACUUUUACUCUGUAAAACUCCAGUAUUUGCUUAUAAAGAGUAAAAUAAGAGGGUACAGAGUGAGCUGGAACAAGACUGGUGCAAUACUGCUUUGGGAUCCAGUUGAUCAGGUACCAACAUGGACCAGAUCAGCCUGUUACGCAACAGCCUUACAUUACAGUACUCUGUGUUGACUCACAGUAAAAUCAAUGAUAUUGUCACGCUUUGCUGUGUUAGAUUGAGCUUAAAGGUUGUCAUAAAUGGUUAAAUCCUUUUCACUUAAAAUUAGGAGAACUGCUGAGUCAAGAUACGCCGCAUGCAGGACGUUGCCUUCAUAUACCAUGACUAACUGAUCUGUGAUUUCUUUGCAGAUGAAUGUUCCUCUCUGGCAUGUGAUGUAUGUGGAAACACGAGUGACUGCCAAUGGGUUACUUGUCCAAAUUGUGAGUAUUCGUCCUAAAUGUGGUUAUGUGUGUGUCAGGUUAAGGAGCGAGAGGCACAGGUUGGUCUUUGUUUGUCCUAAAUUGUGCAGACAGCUGGAUUGAUUGGACACAUGAUUCCUGGGCAUGGGGAGAAUGUAUGGCAGUGGGUGCUGACUAUUACAUGAUGUCAUUGCAUUUCUCAUAAAGCUUGAGCUAUACCAUAACUGUGUCUGGGCAUCCCAACCAACAUUGCUGAUCUGAACGGGGUGAUUUUGAGGUAAAUAAUGGACACAUUGAGCCCAUUUGGCAUUAAUUCUGCUGUGAUUUUAUGGACAAUUACUGUUUUACUCCAAUAAAACCAAAGUAAAGACUUGAUAGUGUAGACUCUGAAAAUGUGGAUGUUUGGUUGUGAUGGUGGCCUUCAUCUCUGCAUCACAGUUUUAUAGUUUCAUUAUGUUAAUGGAAAUAUCCGUCCACACAUGAGAAAUCCUCUUGACUUCAGCAGCACAGAGGGGGUUGUGGUAAUAAUCGCUAUAGUGGAAUUUUUUUUUUAUAGUGAUUAGGAAAUCCUGCUUGUUGUGAUAAAAAGGGCGCAGUCAGAAAGUGCAUGACUGAUUGAUUUGUGAAGCAACCAACAGAUUUUUAUUCACUGCAUGUUCCUUGUUUGGUUGCUGAUUUAUAGCAGGCCAGGAGUGGGGCUUAAUGUUUCUGUGUUGUCACUGGUGUCGGGAAAUUAGGUUGCAGGUUUUACAGUGGAAGUGGUUGAAUUUUACAUUGUAAAACUGUAGGCUUUGUCACAAUUUCCAGUGUGACAAAAUCAUGCAAGAACACUUCUUAUCUGUGUUUGAAAAGGCAGAGGGAACACUAUCUCUCGAGCUGUCUGCUGAAACAGAACCUUCUAGUUAAAAAAAAACAGUCCUCACGAGUAUUUUGAUUAUCAACCAAAUCGCCCUGGAGGGCCUUCCUCCGACGUUGGCCUGAGUUCAUUCAGCGUGUUUACUCUCUAGUGCCUGUGAAUAAGAUGAACAGAAGAGGAAGCGAGGGAAUGUGUGGCAGGAAGCCUGCAAUAUCCUCACAUAGGGGAACAGAAGGAAGGAGAGGAUAACCACACGGGUUAGAGGAACGAGUGUGCAGACAAGCGAAGCUACACCAGCCUUGUUGUGCUCAGAGUUUGUGCCUGGGGUGAUGGUCAGGACCAAGAACAGACUGUAACAUGUCCACAAGUCUUAUGUGUAGUUUAGAAUUUAGGACGUUGAAAAGACAAGCACUGGUGUUUCACCUCUCAUGGAGAGCUGACCUGUUUGACAGCUUCCCACAUGAAAAGCCGUGAUUCUCUCCGGGAAAGACUGGUAUGAUAUUUUGUGACCCCACACCCUCCUUUUGUUUUGUCUCUGUAUGUAAAAGAGGCACGUUACUAAAUGAUGUAUCAGGCUGUUAAACAGGACAGGUUAGAUGACUAUUAAAUGCCUGUCUACCACAGAGCCAUUGGUGACAGGAUGUGUUCUCAGGGAGUGAUGUACUGGUUUACAAAGCACACACAAAAUACAAGCUGGGACAUCAACAUCUGUGCGAUCUUUAAACUCUGUUUUUCCCUCAAAAGAUUUUAAUACUGCAACUAGAUAUAAGAUAGUGUGCUAUUUUUAACUUUUUAAUUUAAUCUUUCAAGGACGUACAUGGUACAUGUUGUCUUGAAAAGAUUUUACACCAUAUUUUAAACUAAACAACAUAAAGUGGGUGAAACAGAUAAAACACAGCUUGAAACGUUUUUAAAAAUGAACUAUGACAUGUAAGAAGUCUUAUGCAUUUAUUAGUAAAGUUUUUAAAGUAGCCCCACUCUUGUCUUGCCUUUCUGUAGUUUGAUUGAUUGAGCUUUUUUCUGUUUUUUCUUUUCUUUUUUUUUGUUGUAACCAUAGCGUCAUCCAGGUAUUUUUCUCCAUGAUAAACGGCUUAAAUCUCACCUUUUCAACUGGAAAAAAUAAUCAACAGAUCAGUCAAAAAUGAAAACAGUCGUUAUUUGAGGCCCUUAAGGAUUUGAUUUGCUGGUUUCUUUCCCUUUUAAUCCUCUGAUGUUUACUGUAAACAAGUUGCAGGACAUUUCAGGGAGGUUUGCUGGUUAUAUGUUUGGCCUCGAAAGAAAAAUGGUUUCUCUCAGUAUCUCCUCAUUCUGUUACACACCGGUACAAAUGACCCACUAGCCUGCAAAACAGGAUACAAGCGGGUAUAACCAAAACACACACAAAGGAGACCCAAAGCUAAAGCCUUCCACAAACUUGAGAAUAGAUCACCUAUUUGAUAUGAACUCAGCAAAAAAACAGAAAGGUCAGCUCUGGCCGGCUGCUGAGCAUAACCACACUGCUGCAGCGAGCUAACGCCUACCACUGUAUCAUUACCAGAUUUAUCUUUGGUUGCAGGGAGUUAGUGUAAACAAGCUUUUUGGCUUGAAGCACAUUUCCCCGCAGCACAAUGUUUAGACGCUGAAAAAGUUUACACGUGUACAUACAGGCUCUGCUCAAAAUACAGGCUGUAGUCAGAGACGAUGUCUGGUUAGCUGGUUAGAGGUUGUUUUUCUGUGUUAAGACUGUCAGUUGAGGCUCCCACUUACACCUCCACCGCUGAGAUAGCAGUGACUGUACUUUUUUUGUUGCGGUGAUGAUGUCACUAUCUUGAAUCAGGGUGAGAGCCAGUCCUGCUUUUCACAGCUGCCUGCAAGAUAACAGCCCCUGACCUACAGGAGAGUGAAAAGAAGAGCCUCCCACAUGGCUUGACUUGCAGAGAUCACAUUGCAGAUUGCACAAAGAGUGAGAAAAAUAAUGCGGCCAACACUUUUCAGAUGACUUAAUCUUUAAAGUUAGUAAACCACAGUUGAGACGGCUCUGAGUCUGUUAAGUUUCCAGCUUUAUUAAGUUUCACUUUUUGAUUUUGAACAUAGGAGGCAUCUGAUUUUUGGUGUUUUAUCAAGCCUGGUUUGUUUAUCAUGUAAUGGCGCAGGAUCAGCCUUCUUGAAGGUGAUAAAAACGUACAUAAAUCAGAGUAAGGAUGAAGAAUUCUGGUCGCAAAAAUCUCAUAAAAUAACCGCUUUAUAAAACCAUAAGCCAAAGUACAUCGUCUGAACUGAAACUAAAACCCAGGCUUCUCAAACUAAUAAUUAUAGCAGGACAGCUAUUUGUAUGUUGUUUGUAUCCAGAGCAAGCUCAUAAAGCUGUGUAAUCUGAUAAAGACCUACCACGUUGUGAGUGAGUGCAGCUCUGUGAGCUGUGGGAAGAGCAACACUGGUCAGUAGAGCCAUUUUUGACCCUAUUUGGAGAAAGGAAAAAAGGUGCGUUCAACAAUAGCUGCAGCCCUGUUGUUAAAGUUGGUGUUUCUUUGAUUUAUAGGCAACCAUCUGGAGGAAGUUCUAUAUUCUGAUCACUGAAUUAUUGCAUAACAAGCAGGACCAGGUGCACAGCGCUGAACAUACGCAGUUCCCUUUAUGGUGUUCCCGUAUGGCAGGAUAACAACCUCUUCAUGUGCUCUUAGAAACACAUGCAGGAGUGAUUUUUAUCACCACAAUAAGGUCAAAGGUAUUCAAAGGCCCCUCCUGUCCCUAUAAUGAACCCACAUCGAAGCCUUAUGGGAAAACUAUUUUUCACUUACGUAUUACUUGAAGAGUUUGCUUUCAGGUCCUGUAAAAUAGCAUUCCAGAGAGGACUGAGACAUGUCAAGGCAAUGUGCGGCCAUUCAAGAGAUUUGUAUACUGCUAGCGUACUCUCAUUAGUGUGUCCAUGACACCCAGGUUAGUCAAAGCACAGUGUAGCUUUUUUAUUUUACAACAUCAUGUAAGAGUUUUUAAUUGAAUAGCUUGCCUGAAAGUAGGUCAAGAUUUCCCACAACCCAAUUUUGAUUCUACCAGAUGUAAAAGUAGUCUCAAACUUGGAGAUGUAUUAAUUGUCCUGAGGAACAUUAAUCUCACCUGAAAGAUGCAGGAAUUUGAAACUUUCAAGGAUUGGCUUUUGAGUAGUAAUCAAAACACGAGUUGGCUUAUUGUCAGCGAAUGUCCACAUCAUCCACUUUUAUUAAACUUCAAACUAAAAUCUGCAAACUGCAAGAAUGAUCUUGUUGUUUUCUCAAAUACUUUCCCUUAUUACUAUCCAGGCAAUACUAAAUUUUCGAUAGGAGCACUACUUCUGUGCUCAAGCUUUAAAUGUAAUUUGUUGAUAGUGUGGCCUGACUACCAGCAGUAAAUUGAACACCGGGUAACUGGGUGUGAAAAGAAUCUAUAGUCACAAGGUGCUCUCAGUCGUGACUCAUGGUUUCUCACAUGGGACACAGGCAGAUUUGCUCCAUUAAAAAAAUCCAACUCAGAAAUCAAUAGAAGUCUCUGUUGUUUGUUUGUUUGUUUGUUUUUUAAAUCAAAGGUGUUUGAGAUUGUAAAUCAGAAAAAAACAAGGUUCUUUGUGUGAAAUGACAAAUAAGAAAACAGGUGCUUCGCUGUAAUUUGACGUGUUGUUAUGUAUUUGGGACAGACAAGAUGUCAUGGCAGGGCAAAGUCUGUUUCUGUCUGGGUUAAAGAGUAACCUGAGUUUACAACAAAAGGGAAAACUCAUAAAUGAUCAAACUAUGAGUCAGCAGACAGCAGAACAUACAGGAACAAACAAAGAAAUAAAAAAUGUCACAAUCGCCACUUAAAGCUUUUAAUCAUGAUUAGAAUAAUUAAACUCCUCUUAUAUUACUGUUAAUUCAGUUGUUAUAAUAUGCCCCAUUUUAAUAAGCUUCAACAUCAAAACAAUAACCAUUCAUGUUACUCUGAGUUUGUACUGAACUUUACUGUGAGAGUGACCAACAAGCAAAUGAACUGUUUCUGGAAAUUUAGGUACUGUAGCCAUAAAUAAACAAAAAAUACAGAGUGACAAAUUCUUUUACUACUGUGCUCAUUACAGUCAGAAAUAAAAAGUGCGUACUGAACAUGUUUCAGACAUGUUGGUCAUUAUAUUAUCAAGCGUUCUGAUGAGGGCGGCAGGAUGUGGGGGAAAAAAAACCUGUGCAGGAUGUGAGCUUGUGUGAAAACCGCCCCAGUGGUCUUAGAGGGGAAAUAAAAGAUAAACCGACCCCCUGUAUGUUGUUUCUUUACUGUUUGUAUGCACCCAACAAGUGAAAGACAUGUCAUCAGAUUACAGAGAAAAUAGAGAACUUUAACUUGAAGAACCAAAUAAGUUUAGAUUACAAGUGAGUAAUUGGCAUCUUCUUGGUGCAAUUUCUAAGUAUAAAUUCAGAAGAACUUGGUAUUAAAUUUGCAUUAAUUGUUUUGCAUCCAGCUAACUAAAGACAAUUACAGUUUUUUUACCUUUCCUUUGCUUAAAGCACUACAUCCUUUCAAAACAUAUGAGGUGAAAUGUUGGAUGUCAAUGCUGAAUGUGGACAAAGUUAUCUUUUGUAAGGUAAACAUGUUGUCAUCCCAAAAUGAGACUGCAGGCUGAUCUGAAUGGUUUGCUCAAAGAGAGAAUUAAGCAAGAUUGACUCUAGAUUUGCGCAGUAGUUGAUUUAAAAGCGUAAUAAACAUAAAACUUGGUUUGUUGCUCUGGGUUACACCCUCUUUAAUUCAUAUUUAUCAUGUAUAAGGUAUUUCAUCCUUGUUACUUUUGUGUCUUUCAGCACCUGCCGGCUGUCAAAACAUGAGUCUUGUGGCAGAAAAUGUGACCUGCUCUAAUACGAGCUGCUCAGGUAAGUCCAUUUGCUGAGUUGUUAUGAAUAUUAACAUUUACUUUUUGGAUUUAAGAAUCAGCUGACAACUGUUUUUCUUCAGCUUUGAGUUUACUGUAGCUCCUUUUUUUGGUGUAAAUAAUCUCUAACCAAAGUGUUGAUGGAGGAUCAGUCCUUGUGUUUGGCUCUGUCUUUUGUCUGUCUUCUUUGUUGGUGUCCAAAAAGACUAAUUGUCUCUGUGAGAGGAAAAAUGAGGAGGCUCUGUCGUUUAAAACCUUGUUGUUUGGGUGGUGUCUUUCGCUUUUUACCCUGUCUUGGUGUUGGUUCCCUGCAGACCCGACUCCAAGUACUGCAGCCCCGACAGGUGGCUCUACUGCUCCCCCCCCUCCUCCUACUACAGCUUCCCCUAUCCCUGUUGUCACCACCUCUUCCUCUAACACCAGCGAAACCACAGGUAACCAGUCCAUGAAAGCCUCUGCUGCACCUCCUGCCAUACUCUGUGUUGUCCACUUCAGGGGGCAUAAGUUAACUUUUGUUAUUUUGUUUUUUCAGUGAUGUUGCCAUUAAAUUGAUAUUUUGUUUUACUGACCGCUGUAUGGUCAAUUUUAGUGCAAAAGCAGAUUUCUAUGUCCAUGCUGCCCCCAUAUACUUUAAAGGUUAACAGGUAACAAUGCAGUAAAAUGAUAACAGCUUCAUUGUUCUUUAUGAUCUUUAUACGUUGUGUUAUAUUAAUACAAAUGCAGACAAAAAAUAGUUUGUCUAAAUGCUAACAUCCUAAGCACAAAUAUGCGUGUUUGUUCAGGGUAUUAUUUUUGCUGUUAUUUGGCAAAGGAGUCGUCCACAAACAAGAGGGAGCCACUCCUCUCCAAGGCAACAUCCUUAACUGGGCUCAUCCAGCUACUCAUAAUUUUUCCAGAUGAACUUUUUUUAAAUGCUGUGAAUAGAUAAACAAGUGUUUGUAUUCCUGAGAAAGUAUCUGCCCAAAGGGUGUCAACAACCACCACAUUUACUGUUAUCAUAGCCAACCACAAGUACCUUCAGAUAAACCAGGACUUUAUUAUAAUGAAUACAACUUUAGGCAAGUCGUAAGUGUUAUGUUUUUGCAAAGGCUAAUAGAAGUGUUCUCAUUGCGAUCUCACUUCAGACAAUUCAACCGUCUCUACCACCAUUGCCCCGACUCAAAGCAGUAACACCUCUAUUCCUACAACUGCAUCUCCUUCAAGUAAGUCGCCCACACUAAGAUUGAUCUCGAGUUGAUCCAAAGAGAACUGGAUUAACUUUGUUUUCUUUUGCUCUGUCUUUUCUCAAAGACGGAACAAGCACAACCACCACACCGGUCGCCCCCUCUCCAGCACCUCACAAGAACACCUUUGACGCUGCGAGCUUCAUCGGAGGUAUAGUCCUGGUUCUUGGCCUUCAGGCUGUCAUCUUCUUCCUCUACAAAUUCUGCAAGUCCAAGGACCGCAACUACCACACCCUUUGA